GCUUCGCAGACUUCAUAGGCAAAGCUUGUGAGAGCCUUCCCCAGGGGGCGGGGCUCCAAGCACCUGGGCUCGACCUGGGCCCCGAAGUCCCCCCCCCUGAGUCCUAGCCCCGUCUGGCUCCGGACGUGCCAUGGGACAACUGAUGGCCAAGCUGAUGAGCAUCUUCGGGGAACGGGAGCACAAGGUUAUCAUCGUGGGACUGGACAAUGCAGGGAAGACCACCAUUCUCUACCAGCUUCUGACAAAUGAGGUGAUCCAUACAUGUCCCACCAUCGGUAGUAACGUGGAGGAGAUUGUUCUGCAAAAGACCCACUUCGUCAUGUGGGACAUAGGAGGACAGGAGGCUCUGCGCUCCACCUGGAACACAUAUUACUCCAACACUGAGUUCAUCAUCCUUGUGAUUGACAGCACAGACCGGGAUCGGCUGCUGACUACUCGAGAGGAGCUAUACAAGAUGCUGGCCCAUGAGGCUCUACGAGAUGCUUCCAUCCUCAUCUUUGCCAAUAAGCAGGACAUGAAGGACUCCAUGACCAUCGUGGAGAUCUCCCAGUUCCUCACCCUUAGUGCCAUCAAAGACCACCCGUGGCACAUACAGGGCUGCUGUGCCCUCACCGGGGAAGGGCUGCCUGCCGGGCUGCAGUGGAUGCAGUCUCGGGCCACUGCCAAUUGAUGUCCCAGCCUGAGGCCAACCAGAAAUUUGGAGGGUUUUGCAUGGACUAUGUGGGUAGAAAACCCAAGUGACUAUUUAUUAUUUUUCUAUAACACUCUAGUGACCAGGGGCAUCUGUGGAUGGUGAGAUUGCCACUGCCCACCCAACCCCCCCACUGAGGAGCUAGACAGAGCACCCUGAGCUGCUGCAGGCAGGACAGCAGAAAAAGCUGCCCUUCACUCCAUGGAAGCAGGCAUCCUUCUUAGAGACACCAGGGAAGCUGCUGGAUGUGUUGGGGGAUUAGGAAGUGGAGCCCUCUCCCUCAGCCCUCAACCUCUCUGUAGGAAAAAUGGAGGGCAGAGUAAGAGACCCCUGGAAUUGUUCUUUAUUUCCUAGACCUCUACCCCAUGCCCUUAACCCCCACUCCAGCUUUCCGGCCCCUUAGCCAUCUUUGUCCCAUACACUUCCGUCAAAGGAGAUUCCAGAAAGGUGAAGGGGCUGGCUCAGAGGAAGGAGGGCAGAGCCAAAACCUGAGAGGGGAGAGGGUGGAGGACAGGACCUUCCAGCCAGAGACAGUUCCUCAUAUUGCAGGGGGUUCCACUGCUCCCUCACCUACGCAUUCCCUCUGAGAUGCUGGGUCUGACCACAGCUUUUGAGCUUUAAGCUACCCCUUCACUCCCAGUGUCCUCCCAGUGUGAAUCCCACUCCUCCCAAUAUCCCAAAUUCCUACAGCAUUUGUUUAUCUUGUCUUUUGGUAGUGAUUUUUUCCCCCCACACCAUAGUAGGAAUUUUAUGAAGGUGUAAUAAAUGCCAUUGAAAACUGCUCA